AGGAAUAUUACCUUUGUCCUUGCGUUAUAUACACUAUAAGUGUGCACUUCUUCCCCACUUGAUUCACUUGUUUCUUCUGCACAAAACCUACACCUUUCAUUGAGUUUGAGUCCAGAGUAACAAAGUGAAGGGGGAUGGCGCGGAAGACUGCUUACUGUAAGCUCAACGGUCUGGAGAUGUCGCUCAUAGUUCUCUUCCUUUUGAUGACAGUAGUCUCAGUGGGGCUAAUAACAGUCCUGUCCCUCAAAUUGGAUUCAGAAAAACAAGAAGUGACUCCAGAGGAACCGAGCCCAUCAGUGAGUCCUCCAGAGAACCCUUAUCUGAUCGGUGUGGGUCGAGCAGACUGUACCGGGCCUGUGGCAGAUCUGCCUAUGAUGGGUUACGCCAAUACUGAGCAGACAGCGAGAGGGCUCCACACACGUCUGUUCAGCAGAGCCUUCAUCGUGGACGAUGGCAGUAAAAGAGUGGUGUUCAUCACUGCAGACAUCGGCAUGAUCUCUCAGAGACUAAGGCUUGAGGUUCUUCAAGAGCUGAAGGCAAAAUAUGGAGACCUGUACAGACAGGACAAUGUGGUCAUGAGUGGCACACACACACAUGCAGGUGUGGGUGGCUAUUUCCAGUACACACUCUUUAUGAUCACCAGUAAAGGCUACAUUAAACCAUCAAUACAAGCCAUCGUCAGUGGAAUAGUCAAGAGCAUUGAUAUAGCUCACAGGAAUUUGAGACCUGGACGCAUUUUCAUAAAUAAAGGACAACUAGUUGACAGCAACUUGAACAGAAGCCCACAUUCAUACAUGAACAACCCCGAGGAGGAGAGAAACAGAUAUGAAUUCACCACAGACAAGCAGAUUGUCAUCAUGAAAUUCACAGAUCUGGACGGGGAUGGUAUCGGCUUGCUCAGCUGGUUUGCUGUACAUCCCGUCAGUAUGAAUAACACCAAUCGCAUGGUGAGCUCGGAUAACCUCGGCUACGCCUCCUAUGCCUUUGAGCAAGAGAAAAACAUUGGCUUUCUACCCGGUGAGGGCCCUUUUGUAGCCGGCUUUUCCUCCAGUAAUCUUGGAGAUUCAUCUCCCAACAUUCGCGGCCCUGUCUGUGUGAACACCGGCGAGAAGUGUGACUACCUUAACAGCUCCUGUCCCAUCGGUGGAAAAAAAGCAUGCAUAGCUUUUGGACCGGGUGAGGACAUGUUUGAAAGCACCAGAAUCAUAGGAGAGAAUAUGUCUAAAAAAGCAAAGGAGCUGUACAGCAGUGCAAAGCAGGAGCUGCAUGGGCCCGUUUACGGCGCGCAUCAGUGGGUCAAUAUGACUGAUGAGACUGUCCCACUGAACUCCACUCAUACAGGACAGACGUGUAAACCUGCUCUGGGCCACAGUUUUGCUGCUGGUACAACUGAUGGAGGAGGAGAAUUCAACUUCAUACAAGGGGAUACUGAUGGAGAUCCUUUCUGGGAUGGAAUUAGAGAUGCAAUUUUGGGACCCCCUUCCAAUGAGACCACGGCUUGUCAUCAGCCUAAACCAAUCCUCUUCAGCACUGGGGAGAUGGAUUUGCCCCUCCCAUGGCAUCCAGCCAUCGUGGACGUUCAGAUCAUCACUAUCGGCUCUUUAGCCAUAGUUGCAGUCCCAGGAGAAUUUACUACCAUGUCAGGAAGAAGGAUACGAGAGGCAGUCAAAAAGGAGUUGGAGGUAAAAGAGUCUUUUGCUAAUGCAGAGGUGGUUGUCGCUGGUCUGUGCAACAUUUACACCCACUACAUCACAACAUACGAAGAGUACCAGAUCCAGCGAUAUGAGGGUGGAUCCACUAUUUAUGGGCCUCACACUCUCUCGGCUUACAUCCAGCGCUACAGAGGCCUGGCCAGAGCUAUAGCUCACGAAACAAUUGGAGAUCUGCCUAAGGGUCCUGAACCCCCAUUCUUCAAUGAAGACAAACUUUUUAAUCAAGUGAAGGACCCAGUUGCAGAUGUAGCUCAAAAUGGCACAACAUUUGGUGACGUCUUACAACAAGUUGACCCCGUCUAUAAAGUGGGCGAAAUUGCAUCUGUCACAUUUGUUGCUGGAAACCCAAGACAAUCUGGAGAUAUUAGAGACAAGACAUUUGUCACAGUGGAGAGGUUUCAUAACGACACCAACUCAUGGGAAAUAGUUCACACGGAUGCAUCGUGGGAAACAAGGUUUCACUGGAUUAAAGGACGUCCUGGCCAGAGUCAGUCAAAAGUUGAGUGGCACAUCCCUCUCACGGCACAGACAGGAACCUACCGGAUUCAACACUUUGGACAUUACAAGCAACUGACGGAUAACACCGCCACACCAUACGUGGGCACGUCUGAUGCUUUUAAAGUCACCAAAAGCUUUUACUACUAUUGAUCAGUGUAUCACUGAGAGAGUACAUUAGACAGAU